AUGUAAGUAUAACAUGAAAUAAAAAAAAAGAUGGAUGAUAAAAAAAAAUUUGUUUAUGAAAAAAUGAGAGAUAAUUAGAUUAAUUAAUCCAAACUUUGUUAUGCUUUAGAAAUCAAUUAUGAUAACUCCAUGAUUUUAGUUGGCGAAGAAUCUGCAAUAAAAGUGUAUACAUUCAAUUCAAACAAGAUGAAAUUUUUGCAAUUGCUUCAAUCACAUUAAUAUGAAGUUUUAACUCUUAAUUAUUUUCCAAAUAAAAGUCAAUUUUUCUUAUCAGGUUCUGUUGAUUCUUCACUGAUUAUAUGGGCAAAAAACCUUUUAGCAAAACCAAAAAUUAUCUAAAAAUUAAAGGAACAUACUUCAACUAUUUUUUGUGUAAUUUUAUAUUUUAAUGAUAAAAAUUUAAUUGUUUCAGGAGGAGAUGAUUCAACUAUAAAAUUUUGGACAACAAAAUAAUUAAAUUUAUAUUAGUGGUUUUGCUUUUAAACUAUAAGAGAAGAUACUUAUUAAGUAUUAGGCUUAUCUAUAAAUUAAGAAGGAAGCUAAAUAGCCUCUUGCCAUCUUAAUUAUUAAAUCUUUGUGAUGGAAUAAGAAAAACAUUCAAUAUUUUGGUUAAUAAAACAAAAAAUAGAUGUAGAUAUGUAUGGGUAUCAUAUAUGUUUUAUAAAUAAUAAUACUUUUGUCACCUCAUCAGAUAGAACUUGUAAUUUAAGUACUUAUUGUUUGGACAGUACUACUUCUAAUUAUAUUUUGAUUGAUCAAAAGUAAUUACCAAGUAGUGAUUGUAAUGAUAUAUUAUUUCCAACAAUCUUAAAUUAUAAGAAAAAUUUAAUUUUAAACAAAAAUGGAUCUAAUAUAAAUAUUUUAAGGGUUUUGAAAAAUUAAUAAUAAUUUGCUUAACUUGAAUUAGAAUAAACUAUCACUUUUAAGGGAAGUGAAAAUUUUAUUGGAACUAUCAGUAAUGAUGGAAACUAUAUCAUAACUUGGGAUGAUAAAUCAAGUAAAAUCUAGAUUUGGUCACUUUAGAAUAAUUAUUGA